GCGAAGUCUCGUUCGUACUCGUGUGUAUUUUGAGACAUUUCAGAGACACAAUAUAAAAUAUUAGAUCGUGGGAAAUUUUAUUUGCACGUAGUUAUAUUAAAUUCGCUACCUCGCAGCACGAGGUACCGCCGAUGCUAUCGUGCGGUAUAGCUGUUCCAUCGCAAACAAUUGAAGUUGACGAACGGCUUUGUUACCUUGGAUUUUAAUGUGUUAGAUAAUUUACGUUCAAAGAAAAACAUCGCUCGUGAACGAGGAAAAGAGACAAAAGUCAUCGAGAUGCGACAUUGAUGCAUGUGGGUGCAUUAUUAUUCACUCCCGCACCAUAAUCAACGCCUCACAGAGACGAGCAGACCGAGGCAGCUCAGUCACGUGGGUCUCUGGCGUGAAUAUUAUAUUAUAUAGCUAUACACGUCUCUCGAAGUCUCAUGCUGCAUCGCGGCGAGAGACUUGCCAAGUCUGUGACGCUACUGCGCGCUGUGGCUAUUGUGUUGGUUUCGUGUUAUAAGUUAGUACAAUUCAGUGUAUGCUGCGCGUGUAGAGAGCGAGCGGCACGAGGCAUGGCUUACAUAUAUAUAGGCUGUAGCUGAACAUUUGGUCAGCUAUAUGAUCAGUCAUUCUCGAUCAAGCAGUCGAAGCAGAAAUAUCGUAGCUGCCCGCAGCUUCGUGAUCGAGACAUCUCAUUGACGUCGUCGUCGUCGUCGUCGUCGCUGUAGUAGUCGUGUGUGUCGUCGUACCGUCGCCGCAUACUGCACCCACGCUGCAGCGCUUUGCGCCUCGUCAGUUUUUAUUUUGUUUUGGCAGCGAGACUACGAUAAGUAUUAAGUACUAACUCGACAAAAGCAGCAGCAGCAGACGAAUAACAUCAUCAUGGGCAACAAUACGAGCAGCCGUAACAAGAACGGCAAGAGAACUGCGAAACCGCCGUCGAAGCUGUUCUUGACCGAUGCACUCAACAGCCAAAUCGAGGCUGCUGCUGCCGCUUCGGUGGUUUCGUCGUCUGCGAAUAACAUCAACGGACCUGGCGGAAGCAAUCAGGCGAUAUCACAACAAGCUGCUAUGUCGCGCAGUCCAUCGAGCGCCGAGAUAUUAUCCAGUCAAUUUUUGCCUAUUGAUAAGUUGGCCAAGUUAUUCCGUUUUCCAAAGAUUCUUUCAGACAUAACGCUGAGAGAAGAGGGUGUUAACGGCAUCUCUCUCCAAGUCUUCCAACAGUAUUUGUUCCCGAGCUAUCCCGAGCUUGCGGAUAGACUUUUUAAUUUUUUGCACACUAGCCACUCCCCAACAAAAUCAAAACAUCUCGGCCUGUCAGCUUUCAAACAGCAGACCGAGAAAUUUUUAUCUCACAUGUUUGAUCAGUUGGUACUAGAAAUGUAUGUGAAGAUGUUUGCCGAAAAUCCUGGCGAAAACGAAAUUACACCCGAUGGCUUUCGGGAAUUACUUCUAGUAUCAUACAGAUUGGCCAUGUCUGAAAACAGAAACAGUUCCUGUCCUCAGCUAUUGAAUAUAAUCAAUGCUGUUGUGGUUUCAUGUUUCCAUGGAAAAGAUUCUCUCUCUGUAAAUUUUGUUACCAAUUGGAUGUGGAAUAAUUGUGCUGGGGUGGUGCAUGGUAUCCACAGAUAUGUUGUUCAUGUCCUAACAACAGCAUAUCGUAAUAGUAAAACUUUAUUAGCAAAAGAAUCAAGUAUGCAUCUUUCACCAUCAACUCCUAUUUUGGAUCAGCCUGAGUGGACAGAUUACGCAGAAACUAUAUUACCCAUUAGUUACGUGUGGCUGCUUGCUUCAACAUUACCCGAUUGUUAUACACAGUCAGAAGAAGAUAACAAAGAUAAAGUACAAGCACUCAUUGAAAAGAUGUCUGGUAUGGCUUGUCCUCGACACUGGACACUACUUUACAAUAGUAAUCAACACGGCUGCGGUAGCAAUCGUUUUUUGCAUCACGUUCUCAGUUACCAUGGACCAACUUUAACUUUUAUACGUGCUGAGGGUGCCCUGGAUGCUGACCGACGUACUUAUCCUACCUACUGCAUAUGCUCGUCCAUGGAGUGGCGUGAAAGUCACUUGUAUUGGGGUAAUGAGGACUCUAUGGUUGUUGAAUUGUUACCCAAUUAUCGCGUCAUACAAAAAGGUCCAAAGCUUCUGUAUUUAAAUACAAGUAUCAGGGGUUAUCCACAAGGACUGAGAGCAGGUUCCGAUCCAAGAAAUCCGUGUGUAUCGAUAGAUCAAGACUUUAGUUCAGUUAGUUUUGCUGGCGUGCCUUACAGAUUAUCUAGUCUUGAAGUAUGGGGUUGUGGAAAUUCUAAGUCCAAAGAAAAACAACUUGAAAUUAAAAAAUGGCAAGUGAAGGAAGCAGAAAGACAACAGGUAGUAAAAUUAAGUACAUCAGAAUGGUUAGAUCACCCAGAUCGAUACUUAUUGGAAAUGGGAGGACGGACUAAUUACAAUAACUCUAAUUGUUAAUAAAUGUUUGUACUAUUUUUUGAAAUAUGUACAUAUGUAAAUAUAAUCAAUAUAAUUACUCAUUAAAAUCGAUCAAUGGCUAAUGAAACGAUAAUUAAAUAAGGUCGACUAUGCAUACUUGUAUCUGCCGAUGUUAAAUUUUUCUAUACAUAAAAAAAUUGUACAAAAACCUAUUUGAUAAUAUAACACACUAUAUGAUGGGGAUGGAACUAACUAUUUUGUUCCAAAGCAUA